CCAGAUGACAAGAUCCCAACUUUAUCCUUUUUUUUUUCUUUUCCCCCUCAACUUGUUAUGUUAUGCACCACCAUUUCAUUGCUUUGAAUUAAUUCUUGAAUUGCUGAGUUAACUCGUGACAAUGGCAACUCAGGCAUUGUCCAUUUGCACUUCAGCAGAGGCGGCGAGGCAGAUUCUUGGAGGGCGGCCGCCGCUCUCCUCCAAGAAGGUUUCCUUGGUCGUAAGAGCUGCUUCUUCUACUCCUCCGGUUAAGCAAGGAGCUGACAGGCAGCUUUGGUUUGCUUCCAAGCAGAGUCUUUCCUACCUGGAUGGAAGUCUCCCUGGAGACUUCGGGUUCGACCCGUUGGGACUGUCGGACCCGGAGGGCACGGGAGGAUUCAUCGAGCCGAGGUGGCUGGCCUACGGAGAGAUCAUCAACGGGCGGUUCGCCAUGUUGGGGGUGGUAGGAGCCAUUGCACCAGAAAUCCUGGGGAAAGCAGGGCUGAUCCCGGCGGAAACAGCUCUCCCAUGGUUCCGAACGGGGGUGAUUCCCCCGGCCGGAACCUACGACUACUGGGCCGAUAACUACACGCUUUUCGUGCUGGAGAUGGCCCUGAUGGGGUUCGCGGAGCACAGGAGGUUCCAGGACUGGGCCAAGCCAGGCUCCAUGGGGAAGCAGUACUUUCUAGGCCUGGAGAAGGGUUUGGGAGGAUCGGGUGAUCCUGCCUACCCCGGUGGCCCGUUUUUCAACCCGUUAGGGUUCGGGAAAGACGAGAAGUCGAUGAAGGAGUUGAAGCUGAAGGAGGUGAAGAAUGGGAGACUGGCGAUGUUGGCGAUCUUGGGAUUUUUCAUACAAGCUUUGGUGACGGGCGUCGGGCCGUACCAAAAUUUGCUGGAUCAUCUGUCUGAUCCUAUCAACAACAAUGUCUUCACCAGUCUCAAAUUUCAUUAGUCCGUUUGAGAUGUUGUGAUGUGCUCUCUCUCAUUGUCCUGUUUAAAAAUUUGUUGUGCAGAUUUACUAUGAGACUGUCAAGACUGUAAUUUGUAUCUCACAGACUUGGAUCAAACUAUGAAAAACUUUAUUUCGUGGAAGUAAAA